UUUGACAUAAAGUAUUUUGAUCUAUGUACCCAUUCCAAUAUAUAAAAUUGCAUAGUGGUUUUUUCUUACAAAAAAAAAAGAGUAACAUCUAGAUGCCCUUUCCCUUGGAGUGCUAUAAAUUCAGACUCCUUCCCUAAAUAAAUCACAAAGCGAGAAAGAAAGACGAACUGAUCAGCAAUGGGAAGCUUAAGGGUGAGCACAGUUGUUAUUGCAGUAGUGGCUUGUCUCUCCAUCCUCCUCAUAUCUCCUACAGAAGUAGAUGGGCGUUUAGUGUGUGACACUCCAGCGGGUACAUGUACCUCGAGCUCUACUUGCAAUGACCAAUGCAAUACAUGGGGCGGCAAUUAUAGUGGAGGCGAAUGUGCAGAUUCAAGCUUUCCUGGUUUAAGUAUAUGUUAUUGCUGCCAUUAUGUAGGGAGCAGUGCUGAAAUGGAAAGCAUGUGAUUGCAGAUGAUAGAAAACGACGCCGCUUUGUGUGCGUAUGUGUGUGUUUUUUGCUAAUCGCAUGUUUAUGCUUUCAUUUCACAUCCUAUGUUUUGAGUGUUUGCCUUUGUACUUUGUUGUUGUGCUUCUGUUUGUUUUGCGUUGUCAAGUAUCAAAUAAAGUUGGAGUGUGUUUUUAACAAAUGAUUUUUUUAUUAUUCUUGUUGUAUUUAGCUAAUUUAUUUUAUUUAAGAGUGUUUUAUUUUUAUCAAUAAUAAUAAUCAUAAUUGCGGUUUGUUGUGCGAAUACCUAUCUCUGUUUUUUGAGUUUUGAAUUUGUUUAGAUUUUAAGAGUUAUGUGAUUUUAGU